AAAUAGUAGAUAAGAGCUUUUAUCAAUAACUUUACCGAGAUAAUUUAAAUCCUAUUUAAAUUAGCCCGCAUGUGUACCAUGUCAAACUAACCCGUAAUAUGUGGAAGAUGGAUGAGAAACGUAUAUUUUUUAUUGUAAUAGUGUUAUUAUCUUAUUUUGCGAAAUGCCAUUUUUAUUCUACUGCAAAAUCAUUAAGAACACAAUGCCCAAGGCUUUAUGAGCAAACUUUUAAAGGUUAUAUUCCUAGAGGUAAUCUUAGUGCAGGAGUGUUUGAAGAAAUAAAGGGCAUUACAAAAUUAAGAGGCUGCGUUCUUAAAUGUUGUGUUAAAGAUAACUGCAAUGUUGCUUUUAUGAAUAUUGAUACAUGUUAUCAUAUUACAUGUAAUAGUAAUGAAAUGUGUAUUCCUACAUUAAAUGUAAAUUCAGAUAGUUCAAGUCACAUUUCAAUGGUAUUAGUUAAACCUACAGAUGAUGACAAUAAUUGGGAAGAUAUCCUCGAACAACAAGAAUUUUCUAAAGCACAGCUUGAUAGAGAGAUGAUCAAUAUUUUAAACGAUCGUAAUCGUUUUGAAGAUGUUUACAGAGAUUUGUUAAUGGAAGAAUCUAUUAACACUGACUCAGUUAGUUGUGAGGUUGGUAUAGAUAGUACUUGCCUUCGUAAUGAAGUAUGUGCCCCACAACAUCAAAAAUCCAGAGCAGGAAUUUGCCAGUGUAAAGAUGAUUAUGUACGAAAUCAAGAUGGGGAUUGUUUCCCUGUAGUUUUAAAAGAUGCAGAACUUCAUGGCAUCCCUAACAUUCUUUCUGAAAGAAUUUUAGAAAUGUCUCCCAAUAAAUCACUUCCGGUUACAAGACAACAACUUACGGUAACUGCAGAAUCCAAGGAGGUGAGACUGCCUGACAAUGAAGUAAAUCUGGUUGCUUCCGUAUCACCAGAAGAUGCCGAUGAGAAAUAUCAGUAUGAAUGGACGUCACUCAGUCAACCAGAAGGUAGUACUGCAGUUAAACAUCAAAAUGGUGGACAAUUACAUUUAGAAAAAUUAACGGAAGGAGUUUAUUCCUUUAAGAUCAGUGUCUCUACCUCAGUUGCUUAUGGAGAAACUUUUGUCAAUGUGACCGUUCUACCAGCAAAACGCAUCAAUAAACCUCCGACAAUUAUCAUAACUCCAUCAAAUCAAACUAUAAAGCUGCCGAAUUCUGCUGCAGUUUUAGAUGCAUCGUCGUCAACAGACGACGAUGGUAUAGUAUCUUGGCAUUGGGAAUUGCAACAAGGCCCACUGGGUUAUCAACCGGAGCUUAAAGAUAGUCCAACGUUGCAAUUAAAUGAUUUGACAAAACCUGGGAACUACAGCUUCAAACUGACAGUAACUGAUACUGAUAAAGAUACGACUAGUCAAACGGCAAAUAUUACAGUUUUAGCCGGUACAGACUAUCCUCCUGAAGCCAAUGCAGGAGAGGAUAAAAUUAUUUACCUUCCUCAUAACUCAAUAACAUUAAGUGGAAAUCUCAGUAUUGACGAUCAUGCCAUAACCACUUGGGAAUGGACAAAAUCGGCAGACGAUGCUCAGAAAGCUGUCGAUAUGCAGGAUACUCGAACUCCUUAUCUUCAGUUAAGUAACUUGCAAGAAGGGAUGUAUACUUUUACUUUAAAAGUGACUGACAGUGCCAAUCAAUCUAGCACAGCUCAGGUUCAUGUGUUUGUAAAGCCACCCACAAACAAACCACCGAUAGCCAACGCUGGGCAGAAUCUCACAAUAAGCUUACCUCAGACCUGGGUCGUCGUAGACGCCAGCAACAGUACGGAUGAUAAUAAGAUCAUGGAAUUCAAAUGGGAGCAGAUAGAAGGACCGUCCACAGUCACAUUUGAAAAUUCCAAUUCCAGCAAAACCAAUGUUACAGGGUUAACCAAAGGACUGUAUAUAUUUAAAGUUAGCGUAACCGAUGACAAUAAGAAUGUUGCCAGCGAUAAAUUGUAUGUUACAGUUAAUCAAAAUAAAAACCAAAAACCCACAGCCAACGCUGGUGUAGAUUUCACAGUGGAACUGCCUAAAAAUGUUGUGAUGUUAAACGGUUCAGAUUCAAAAGAUGACUGGGCCAUCGUUAAAUGGAAGUGGACCAGGGAUGAAAAUUCACUCGCGAUCGGGUAUAUCGCUGAGAAAACGGACGAAUUGCCUGUUCUGAUUUUAACAGACGUCGCUGUGGGAAAGUACAUCUUUAAUCUAACUGUAUAUGAUGAACAGGGUUUAAGCGACACAGAUUCCGUUACUUUCACAGUAAAGAAUGACCCGAAACUAUUUUAUCUAGUGGAGAUUACUAUUGACGUGGAUGCCAAGUCUUUGACUGAAGCUCAAUUUAACACCUUGAAAGGCAAGUUGGCUCUUCUGGUGAAAGAUGGAUCUAAGUUACAGGUGAGAAGUGUGCAUCCUGAAAUUGGCUCAGGCAAAGCAAUGCUCACAUUUUACGUAGAAUCGCCCGAAGGUAAUCCUACCUCAGCAAACGAGGUGGUGCAACACCUUCGACAAAAAUUGCGGGUAGACGCGAGUCUACUUGCAUUCUCGGUAGCAAAAUUACAAACUGCCAUCUGCCAGAACAAUUGCUCGGGGCACGGGGUGUGCAACGAACGGACUAGAGAAUGCGAAUGCGAGGCAUUCUGGAUGCGGGACAUGUUUAAAGUCUACUUGGAGACCGAUGAGGACUCCGACUGUAGCUGGAGUAUUUUGUACGUGGUUUUGGGAAUGGUCUGUGGCGUUUUGGUGUUCCUCGGUGCUUUAUGGGGGAUAUUCUAUUUGUGUUACACUUGGUGCAUGAAGCGACAUUCCAUUACCAAACCAACAACUUAUAGGUUAAUCGAAGAUACUGAGGAUUUGCCGCCUUUUGCCUCGAAAAAAUCUAAUAUAUCCGAUAGCGACACCGACUCAGACGUGGUAUUCGAAUCUCGUUCCAAACCACCCCGUUUCAGCGAUUCUAGAAACGGCCAUAAACCGAUCAGAAACGGAUUCCAGAAGUCGGGGAGACGCAUCAAGACAUAAGAACUCAAGGUUAGAUUACACCUGUGCCUAAAGAAUGAGUAAAUAUAUAUUUGGAUGUGAUUUUCUUUGGUACUAUUAGCAUUCUUGUUACCUGCAUUUAAUUUAAUUUGUUCAUAGUAAGUAAAACCGUCGAAGGAUAAGUUAGCAAUGUUUCGUUUUGGUAGAUGCAAAAAAUAUGGUUUGUGUGUACAUGGUGUCCAAAAGCAAAUGAGCUUCAAGGGAUGAAAAUAAACCGAUUUAGAUCUGACUACCUUAGUAAAAUUUUGCUUUUCUUAAAAAAUUGUUUUAAACAAUUAUUUUGAGAUAACUAUAAUUUUUUUAGAUAUUUCAAUGAAAUUUGAUGCAACAUAUUUUGAGUAGUCGCAAAUAGUUUUUGUGUUUUGACAUAUUUAUUAUUAUAUUUUUUUGUUGGUAGAAAGGGAAAAAAUGUAUGUUUUUAAAAGAAGUACCUAUACUUAUGAAUGUCACUAAAAUGCAUUGUUGUAGGGAAAAGUGGAUUUCAGUUUUCUGCCACAGUUAUCAGAUACGGAAUGCUGAAUGGAGGUAUUCGAAUAUAAUUUGUGUCUUUGUUAAACCGUUUUUAAUUUUUUUUUUAAUUUAUCUUAAAUCAAAAAUUCAACCACAUUAUAAGGGCUAUAUCUUUUUAGAUGCUAAUAUUGGAAUAUAACUAGGUAAAUCUUGAAAAAAUACUUAAUUGAGUUACAAAUUUAGCAGAAAUAUUGAGUUUAUAGUCCAAUUAAUUAAAUGGGCCUUUAAAUCACAAUUUUGGCCAACUUGCCUGAAUUAAUAGUAACAAUAAG